GCCAGCGCUUUGCUCCUGCCAGCCGUCACUGUCCCUAAUAUUUUUGACAGCAAACAAAAGCAACCACUUAAAGCAGAAAAUAGUAAAACAGACGUUAACUCGAAACUGAUAACUAGUCAGGUUUUAGAGCGUAAUAAAAGUGGUCACAAAUCAUCGUCGUUUGACCAUGGUGGAACUAAGAGCAAAAUACCCAAAGCGCAAAUAAGGAAUACAGAUUCAACUAGAAACGAAUGUAUUGUAUUGGGACCCACAGCUACGUCUAAUAACCACAGAGAAAAGGCUAUUAAGAGAAGCGUCAAACCCGAUGAUAAUUCAAAUGCCAGUCAUCAAACAAUAGCAAAAUCUAUCGGAAGUUUUAGACCGAAUCAAUCGUCAACUAAUUCUAAUCAUGGUCACAUUAGAUCCGUGGACAAUUCCAUUGAAAAUUCUUUGAAAGAUCAGAGUUCUAGAAAAUUCUCCAAUAGCGAAUUCGAGUCAGGGGCUAAAAGCUAUUCAGAUUACAGUAAAGGAGUCACUGGUAAUCACCAAGAGUACAAGUCGAGAAAUAGCGGCACUAACUCUAACCCGCCACAAAGGUUUUCAACAAAUUCAACUAGCGAACAACCAGUGUUACAUAGGGAUUGCAAUAAUCUGACGAAAGGUUCAUCACGAAACGAUACUAACGCAGUAACGACGGCCCAAAAGGCAUUGGAGCAACACAACUUGGUACCAAAAAUGGGGCAGAUUAAUUUUCCACCUUUACGAGCACCCCAGAGUAUAGUUAACGUGAGACAUCCAUUUGUUACGGAGUCUAGAAUAAAGCAAAACGAUAUGGGAAUAGGAAAUUGCAAGCAGCAAUCGAGCAUUCCAACAUCUAUGCAGAGCAGUACUAAGGACUUAGAUCACAAUAGACAGACGUUCCAUGGCUACAGUACCUCGCCAAUCGCGAACAUACCAAAUGUACAAAGUUUGAGCAACAUUACUGGCAUUGCACAGUACCCAAGACCCGAUUCAUUUCCUCAGCAAACCCUAGCAAGCUUGCUAUUUCCAGAAUCCUCCCAAUUUCCCCAAUCGCCAUCCUACGGCACGCCACAAGUUGGCCAAAUCAAUCAAUUUCAAGCUUACGAUCCUGGAAGCUUUACGCCUACUCCUGUUAAUGUUAAUUCAGUGAUACCACAGUUCACUGCAGACAACUCACCGUUGUCUUAUCCGCAGUUUGAGAGUCCUCAAUUCGUCCAAACGAAUCAUUAUUCUGCUGCGGAUAUGGCUAACACUCAAUAUCAAUAUCAAGCAGCUGGCGUUGGUCAAAUACCAGAGUCCCCUUUAUUUAUUCAAAGUCUUCAAAGUCCGUUAACCGUUACUGAUCAGUAUGCAACUCCAAAUUAUGCGCAGGCUGUUAGAGCGGAAUUAGUACCAAGAUUGAGGAGACCCCCUCGAUUUAACAAAUGAUUUUUUUACCUUAGUGUACAAAAAAGGACUCAUAAUUAUUACUAAGCCCUGUACCUAUGGAGUGGUGUUUUCUCGCAAUGGGAUUUCAGGGUGUAUUAAAAAUUAGAAUAAGUAUUGACCGUUGAUUUCGCGUUUGAAGAUCUGUUUUUUUUUUUUUAUUUUUUCUUAUUUAACAUUAAAAACUAGAAUUGAACUCGUUGAUGCUAUGCGGCUUAUUGGUCGAUUAUGAGCUUUCUGUAUACAACCUACACACAGAUAAGGUGCGGUGAAAAUUAUUUCAAUUUCAGAUCCAUUUUGAAAUAAAUUUUAACCAAUCCUUGGAUCAUAUUACACACUAGUAAAGCGUAUAGAGAGAGAACUUGACUCGGCACGUUUGUACUGAUAACAAAGGUAAAAAUAAUUAAAUGAAUAAAUAGACGAAAAAUUAAAGAGAAUAGGAAAAAAGCAAAAUUCAACGGAGAUGUUUGCGCAACAAAAUGUUUGCUUAAAAAUAAUUUUCUACUCACCGAAGCGCUGCAUCUCAGAUAAAAAAGAGCAGAAUCUAGAAUAAGUAGAAAUUAAUUACAUCACAUGAAAUUGGUUCUUUUUUUUUGUCCAAUUAAAUGACGUGAUAGGGUACUGAAUUAAGUUCGACCAUUGACCCUUGUGAAACGACCCCAAAUUGACAAUGAUUAUGGAAAAAAAUGUUGAACGAAAUAUUAUUGAUGGGCUGAAUUGUACAUAACUUAUGAAAUUCAUUGUUUUCGUUUAUCACCGACUUAGGAGUCGUGAGAAGUUUGCCGAUGCGAUGAUGAUUAUCACGAUAAGAAUGAUGAAUAAUACGAAUGGAAAUUAAGAACCCAAAAUUAGGUAAAAAAAAAAAAAAACAAUAAAUAAUAAUAGUGAAACGUAGCGAGCUAGGCUUUGCGCUGUUUGAAAUAAUGUUAAUUGACUUUCGAGAAAUUAUUGUUAUUCUUAUUAGAAAAAAACAGAAAAAAAUUCAGUAAUUUGUAUAUGUUAAAAUAAUCUGAAACUGAUAAAACAGUCAUCCUGGAAACAGAUUUGUAAUUGUAUUAUGCUUUACCUCUUAUACCUAUACAGGUACACGCAGUUAUACCAUGAAAAUUAUUGUGAGAUAAUAAAUAUGAUGAAACAGUACUUGAUAAGUUGUUCUAAUUACACUGAAGCUAGAAGGGGGGAUAAAAGAAGAAAGAACAGAACGAACAACUAGAAAGAAAAAUAAAGUUGAUAUACAAGCUAUACUUUGCAUAGAAUUAGUGAAAUUUUUGACUAAACAUAAAUUAUCUACGUAUCACAAUAUAUUAUAUGAAUAUGAUAUGAUACGGCUAAUUGCAGCUAUACAUAUAUAUUUCUAUAAUGCGUGCUUUAAUAUUAAAAUUUAAAAGAGAUAAAUGAAAUGAAAAAAAAACAUCGUGCGCUGUAUUUUGGAAAUAUGUUUCGCUACUGUUUGUAAUGAAUUAAACUAACUUUGGUACAACAUAGAAUUGAAAAAAAAUAAAUAAAAUAUUAUUAAUUAAAUUAUUGAAUCAAUGCGAAAGAUAUUAAACACGUGGAAAUAUGUAAAAUAUAAAUAAAUUAUAAGUACUCGGCAGUGAAUAGCGCGUUAUAAAUUCACAUCAUUCGCGUAACACAGAAGAAAACAGCCGAAAUUGACGUAAUCCAAGGGUUUAAUUUUUUUCUGUCUAUUCUUUACGUCAAUUUAAAUUAAUUAAUUAUAAACGCCUUGCAUCUGUUCAGUCAAAUUCUUAACUGCACAAUAUAAUGUAAAUGUAGAAUUUUUGUGAUUUCGUAUUAACAUGAUUAUAUUAAUACCUAUGUAUAUAAGUGUGAGGUUGAUGCAUACAUAUUGUGUAUUGUAUGUAUAGUAAUAUAAAGUGAUAGAUAAUUAAACUCAGGUGUAUCUUUUUUUUUUGUUUUCCUCUAACCAUAAUUGCGACUUAUUAUCACAGUAGUUCGUAAACUCAUAAGCAUCGUAUGAUGAUUAUAUUCGUAUUAUUAAUCAAUUAAGCAAAUUAUUCAAUAAACAUAUAAACUAUAUAUUUAUAUGUAUAUUCAUAAUUGGAUUAUACAGCCAAUAUAAUGCAUUGUAUCAUCGUAAUCACAUUAUAUCUAAUAUGUGAAUAUAUCCUAAUUGAAAAAAUGAAUUUUGUUAUAAAAUAAAAAAAUACUAAUAAUACCAUCACGAUAACAAUAAUAAUAUUGAUAAAAAUUGUAUGCGAAACUUCGUAAUCAAUAUUAAAUUACUACGGAUUACAAACUGUAAUACCCACCACUUUUCUGCCGAAAAAAAUUACUUAAUUUUGCCCUUUAAUUAUUUAAUAUGAAGUAAAAAACGAAAAAAGGAACAAUGAUUAUAUACUUCAAAAUGAUCAACUGACAAGUAUACUUGUAUUUUAUUUCUAAGAAACAUAAAAUUUUCAACGUUUCAAUUAGUUUUUCUUGAUUUUUUUUCCGUUUCCUUUCGCUUCCGAUUAUUAUACAUUUGGCAGAAAUGAUAGGGCUUAUGAUAUAUGAUACCGUAUGUAAUUAAUUAUCAAAUAUUAUUAAGAAAAGCAUUACUUACAUGCAAAGUAUAGGGUGUGACAAAAAUGUUAUAACUGAUAGCAGUGCUGAGGAGGCGGAUUUAACGUUUAUCAUAUAAAUUUCGAUUGAAGACUGGUUAUAUUUUUCUCAAGACUUGUAGAAAUUAUGAGGUAAUCCUUGUUGGAUAAUGUAACGAUUUCUGUCUAUGAACUUGAAAUAAUAGUCAUAAAAAUGAUUAAUAACUAUCACCUCAGAUGAGAUUUUCUCGUUUCUCUUUCAUUUUUAUAAUCAGUAAAUGCGUUAUGUUAAGUUCAAAUUCAGUAGGAAGUAAACGAAGAGAAAAAAUUGAUUAAAAACAAUUUUUCGUCAUACAAAAAUUGGAAAUCUGAUUGUAGGAUGAAGUAAUCGACAGACCAGCUGGUCGGUGAAGAUCAAAUUCAUCGUCAGCUUGUCGUAUAUUGACAUCAAUUUAUUCAUUAAUCUAUUUUUCUUUCCCUUGAUUCAGUCUGGCCACAAUAUUCAAUUUCGAUUAUACAUUAUGCCUACAUAAAUCACAGAUCUCAUGUAAUUGUAUAAAACCUUAUUUAUUAUGAAUACCCGAUGGAAGUGAAUCAUUCAUAGGGUAUCCAGCGAUUUACUUACAUAAUAAUACGCUAAGGAAAACUAAAAAAAUUAUAAAUAAUAUCAAAUAUUACGAUCGUAUAUUCGAACAAUUUAUUAACAGCGUAUUAGAGUGUCUCGCAAUAUUUGUGAGAUGAAAGAAAAAAGAUAAAUUAGAAAAAACGCGUUCCGUCAACUGCAAUUUGUCGAAUCACGUGCGUGCAUAGUUUUACUUAAAAUUUUUUUUCUGUUAUUUCGAAUUGUCUUAUUACUUUUUUAUAUCGUAAGAACAGAAAGGGAUAAAAAUAAGUAUCGAGUUUUGAUUUAAUGGAGACAAGGAUGCGAAUGAAAAAAUUUCAAAUAAAAUAUUCGACUAAGCUAUAUAUGUAUAAAAAUAAUUAUCAUUCAGAGCACAUAAGACACGGACAUAGGCAUACAGAUAACGACGGAUUUGCUUACCAUUUCCUAUUAUCCUAUAUAAUAUAUAUAUAUAUAUAAUUGAUAAAUUCUACAUUAUUAUAUUUAAAGUUGAAAAAAAAUGAAAAAAAUACCAAAAAAAAAAAAAAAAUUCAAAUAAAAUUGAGAAUAGAAAUCUGUAAUCGAUCGACGUUGUUCUAUGUAUGAUUGUGCGUGUAUAACAAUUGUUAUAAUAAAAUAUCUGAUGAUGCUUAUGAAUUAUUUAUAAAAUUGUAUCAUUGUAAAUGAAACCAUUGCGAAUAUCGUUUGACGGAUUCAACGACAGUUUCUUACGGCAUUUUUGGUUUUUCAUUUGGAAUGUAUUUUCACCUUGAAGAGAAAUAAAUAAAUGUAAAGAAAUAAGUGAAACGAA